AUGAGUUUUGGACGAGAAUGCGGGCUAUAUAUUGGCACGCGUUAUCAGGGACAAAAAGCGGUCGCCGAGCAAGCGUUAUCAGCUCCCGGAAAACAGGAGCACGUUGCGGGGAAUCUACGAGGACCUGCAAAUCGUCAAACCGACUGGCCUUCCAUCUACCUAACAUGUCUGUUGAUCGGGUUUGCCGGGUUGAACAUGACCAUCUAUGCGACUAGUCUAUGGCCAUAUACGACUUGGGUAACAAAGCAAGCCGAUGUCGCUUGGCUGGGCUAUGCGCUGGCCGGGACAAGCUUAGGCUCCAUUUUGGCCGACCCACUCUUCGGCUGGUGGCAACAGAAGACGAACUCAAAACCUCCGCUACUCUUUGGGUUUGCCGUAACGUUAAUAGGAAACAUCCUCUAUGCUCUGUUGCCAAUAUUCCCGGAAGCGGCCAUCCUCUACGUGUUGGUCAUCUCCAGGAUAUUUCUAGGGUUCUCUUCAUCAGCCAUCGGUCUUCUGCGUACCUUCGUGUCAAUGAAUACCCUCGAAAAAGAUCGUCUUCUUGGAACGGCUGCUCUAUCUAUUGGCCUUACUCUGGGAUUAUCGCUAGGCCCAGUUGUACAGAUGGCCGCAAUCCCACUCGGUGAAGAAGGCUUCACCCUAUUUGGCAUCCUCAUGGACCAAUAUACCGUACCCGCGAUUCUGAUGUCAAUUUUGUGCAUCGUCAACCUCAUCAUAAUCCAAUUCUAUCUGCACGAGAAUUUUGCCGGGUUUGCCGGGGAAAUAGGUGACGAUGGAGAAGCGAAAGAAGAUCCAUCCCUGCCUCCUUACGAUAAAGUCGCGCUGGGAGUGCUGUUUUAUAUCUGGUGCCUGAUGAUGACGGCUUCUGCUUCGGAAUAUACUCAUGAAGUCAUCACGAAACAUGGUAUCCUCCAAAGCGUACAAUGCGUACUCUCCGCCAUCGCUGCUAUUUUGUUGAUGAAGACGAGGAUUAGGAAUAUUGACAACCGUAUCCAGCUCUCGUUCGCUCUGUGUCUCUUCCUCUUCGCCAGUCUCUUCCUAUUCCCAUGGCCAUUUUUCGAGCCGGCCCAGGAUUUUCCGGUCCCACCGGGGCAAAAUCCGCAUCAGUGUGACGCUGCUUGUUUGAAACGGAGAGUCCCAAUGUGGUUGUACUUCUUCUCCCUCGCUUUCUGCUAUGGACCCGCAGCAUCGAUAGGGGUCACGGUGACGAACAGUCUGGCGACGCUGGUGGUUGGGCCAAGAAAACAGGCCCUGAUCCAAGGCUGGAUGACGGCCGCCGGAAGCUUGUCCUCCUUUUUAUGGCCGCUCGGAGCUACCGAAGCUUUCAAGAUGGACGGGAUGCGGACGAUUUCCCUUGCCAAUACAUCGUUUUAUCUGAUUGGUCUAGUUUUAAUUGUUUUCUAUCGGAAACGUCUAUUGCCACUUGUCAUUCCGGGGAGGUCUAUGGAUUUUGCUGCG